CCACCUAAACGCAUCUGCUCCGCACGCACAACGAACAAACACUUAAAUCAAUCAAUCUCCUCUUUUUCGUCCAGGUAACUGGCAACGGGCUUUCUUUUACUGCGACAGCUGUUAGCAAUGCAGUAGCGCAGGGAGUGAGUUUGGAGUAGGGCAAUGGCGAACAAGGCCACCACCAUCUCCGAUCUGCUUCAACGUGUCGCCUCCUCCUGUCUCACGCACCGUCUACCGGGAAGCUACGUGCUCGAUGACUGCGACAGCGACCGGGAAGAGGGGGAAGUAGAUCGGACUCGGAGCGAGGUGGGGAAGAGGGUGGCCAAGGAGAAGGAUGAGGUCGACGAGGAGGAGCAGGGACUUAAGAUCUGGGAAGAGGACGGCGGCCAUGGCGCCGGCGCCGCACCUGAGGAUUCCCACAAGGUUAGGGUCCGAGAGAUGGAGGCGUUCGUCCACGAGGUGUUCGACGCUGUGUCCGCGGUCAAGCGGGCUUACGUGGGCCUCCAGGAGGCGCACAGCCCGUGGGACUUGGAAAACAUGCGGAAGGCGGACGCGGCGGUGGUGGUCGAGCUCCGCAAGCUGGGGAGGCUCAGGGAUCGCUUCCGGAGGGAAUGUUUCAGUCCACCAGCUACCGGCCAGACCGCCCCGCCGCUGAAGGACGCCGUGGCACCUUACGAGGCGGCGAUCGACGACCUGAAGCGGCAGCUGAAGGCCAAGGAAGCAGAGGCGGAGAGCCUCAAGGAGAAGCUCCGGAACUCCAUCGCGCUCGGCCACUUGGGAAGGAAAGGGCGUCACUAUUCCAGCAAGAGGGUCGGAUGUGCAUCCGCCAUUGGAGCGCUGGGCACACCGACGCCAGAGCUGUUCGAGAUGUGCAUGGAACGGGUGAAAUCAGCGUCCAAGUCCUUCACCGCUCACCUCCUCUACCUGAUGCGGUCCGCGCGCUGGGACAUCACCGCAGCCGUCCGAUCUGUCAUCGAAGGAGGCAGCGACGCCGCCGAAGACCGCUGGCCGUCCACCCCCAAUUUGGAGCCCCGCCACGCCAAGUACGCCCUGGAGUCGUACGUGAACCGGAAGGUGUUCCAUGGGUUCGAGAACGAAACCUUCUACCUCGAGGGAUCGCUUAGCUCGCUGAUAAAACCGGACGAGUUCCGGCGCGACUGCUUCGCGCAGUUCCGGGACAUGCGGGGAAUGGAGCCGGAGCAGCUGCUGGGCGUCCUCCCAGGUUGCCCAUUCGGGCGCUUCGCUGCCACCAAAUACCUCUCCAUCGUGCACGCCAAGAUGGAGGAGUCGCUUUUCGGCGGCGGGUCGGAGCAGCGGCGGCAGGUGAUGGCGGGGGCGCACCCACGGACGGAGUUCUACGGGGAGUUCCUCCGCAUGGCGAAGGCGGUGUGGCUGCUCCACCUGCUGGCCUUCGCGAUGGAUCCGCCACCAGCCCACUUCGAGGCGGGCCGGGGAGCGGAAUUCCAUCCGCAUUACAUGGAGAGCGUGGUCCGUUUUCCUGGCGGGCGAGCUCCGGUUGGGUCUGCGGUGGGUUUUCCGGUUGGUCCCGGUUUUAAGCUGGCGGACGGGUCAUUGGUGCGGGCCCGUGUUUACCUCGUACCAAGAGCCUAACCUCGGCGUUGCAAGUGAUGCCGGUGGAUGAGCAGAUCUAAUCCGGUCCGUGGAUUCGAUUUCUUUGUUUCAUGUGCCAAAUUAAGCUUCUAAUGUUUCAGAUUUGGCGUGGGAAGUGGGAUCUAAUAUUUUGUUGAUAAACACGUUAAUGGUUGUGUUUGGUAUCAAUUUGGCCAAGGGAUGGAUGGUUUGGAGGCAGCCCUGUUAGAGAAAUUUUAAAAUAAACUAUUCAACUUUUAAACUCA